CUCCCCCUCCAGCCUUACGCCCUGUGUUGCCGGGUUUGUUACUCAUUUUCUGCUUCUGCAAAACACAGCUUAUCAAUGCCUUACAAAGCACUUCAUUGAGAUGCUUGCAUAGAUGUUGCAAAGAAAAAUGCCAGGAACCUUGAGGAAUCUCCUGGAGCUUUUCCAGACCACUAACCCAGAGCUACUUCAGUUCCUGGCUUGAGAUGCCAUGUUCAGGAUAUUUUCCCGCAGUUGUUUAAUGGUUCAGUGAACAGAAAGUAGGUCAGUCUAAAGUUCAGGCUGGAAGCCUGGUGUGCAGAUCAGAAUAAACAUCCUAAGAGCGACGUGGGGCAGAAAUCAGCAGAACAACUGAUGCAAGUUUUCCUUUGACAUGGCGACCAUUUUGGGGUUGUAUACGCUUGGAUUAAUUGUUGCUAUUGUUGUCUUAGCUCUUUUAAUGCUUCUCACGUCUGAGCCGCUUAGGGAGUAUAUACAUAAAUGGAAUGAAAUGAAGCCAAUCCCAGGACUGCAAGGUGCCUACCCCAUUGUAGGAAAUGCUCUCCGCUUCAAAACUAACGCAGGAGAAUUCUUCAAUCAGGUGAUUGAAGGUACGAAUGAGUUCAGGCAUUUACCGUUGGCUAAAGUCUGGGUUGGGCCAAUGCCGUUUGUCGUCCUUUUUCAUGCAGAAACCAUCGAGACGGUGUUGAACAAUCCCAGACAUAUGGACAAAGCAUACAGUUACAAAUUCCUGCACCCUUGGCUCGGCACAGGUCUGCUCACCAGCACAGGUGACAAAUGGCGUAGACGGCGAAAGAUGCUAACACCUACGUUCCACUUCUCCAUCCUGACCGAGUUCCUUGAGGUAAUGAAUGAGCAAGCGAAGAUCUUAAUAGAGAAAUUAGAGAAGCAAGUCGGCCAUGGUCCCUUUGACUGCUUUAGUUACAUCACGCUUUGUGCCCUGGAUAUUAUAUGUGAAACUGCAAUGGGCAAGAAGAUCUAUGCACAAGAUAAUUCAGACUCGGAGUACGUACGAAGCGUGUAUAAGAUGAGUGACAUCAUAACUCGUAGGCAGAGGACCCCAUGGUUUUGGCCUGACUUUAUCUAUAACUUGCUCAGGGAGGGAAAGGAGCACAAAAGGAAUCUGAAGGUUCUUCAUUUGUUCACGGAGAGUGUGAUUCGUGAGAGAGCAGAGCAGCUAAGCAACAGUGACUCUGACAGUGAGACUGACCAAGGUAGAACGAAGAGAAGGGCCUUCCUGGACAUGCUCCUUCAAGCCACUGAUGAUGAUGGGAAUUAUCUGAAUCAAAAUGAUAUUCAAGAGGAGGUGGACACCUUCAUGUUUGAGGGUCAUGACACCACAGCAGCAUCUAUAAACUGGGCCCUUCACUUGCUGGGUUCUUACCCAGAUGUGCAGAGAAAAGCCCAGCAGGAGCUCCAUGAGGUGUUUGGUUCCUCACAGAGGCCAGUGAACACAGAUGACCUGAGGAGGUUACGCUACCUGGAGUGCAUCAUCAAGGAGUCUCUGCGGCUCUUCCCUUCGGUGCCCUUGUUUGCACGUCAGCUAUGUGAAGACUGUCACAUCAAUGGCUUCAAAGUUCCCAAGGGAGUCAAUGCAAUCAUCAUACCAUAUGCCUUGCAUCGCGAUCCACGUUACUUUCCUGAUCCUGAGGCAUUUUGUCCAGAACGCUUCCUCCCCCAGAAUUCGGCCGGUCGACCUCCCUACGCAUUUAUUCCCUUUUCUGCAGGACUGAGAAACUGCAUUGGUCAGCGCUACGCCAUGAUGGAGGAGAAGGUCAUUCUGGCAUCAAUUUUGCGUCACUUCCACAUAGAAGCUUGUCAGAAGAGGGAGGACCUGAGACCCCUGGGUGACCUCAUAUUGCGGCCAGAGAAGGGCAUCUGGAUCAAGCUACAGAACAGAGUGUGAUCAAUAUUAACAUCAAAUUUUCUAAACUUGUUUUUGCUGCAAAACACCCUUGAUUUAUUAAAAAACAUAAUCUCUGUAUGUCCAUAUUCUUGUUAAUGCAUGCACUGCUUGUUAACCUAGCGUAUUGUAAUAAGGCAUCUCAUGUACUUUUUCACUAAUUAUAUUUGCCAGUAUUAGUUUUACAAACUCUGCUGGAAUUAAAACAAUCAAGCAGCUUUUGCAGGUUGAAAAUAAAAAGCCAAGCUAUUAGCAUAAAAAUGUUUCUAAUAUUUUUCCUCCUGAAUAGGGCAGCAUACUUCAGUGCUAACCCCUAUGCGGUGUCUUUGGAAAUUAUAUGCUGCCAGAGGGCAUGCAGGAUUUUGAUUAAAUCUGCAUUAAUAAUGUUCUUCAAAUUCUUUGUUUGUGAAAGAUACUAAGCCUUCAUUGUCAGCUGUGGGAAAACAUAGUGGAAACUGUAUUUUAAGCCUCUGAGAAAUUUGGCGUGCCAGAGCCAGCAGUGGUGACCCCUGAAAUUGGUCAGUUUAAUGACAACACUGUCAUAUGUUUACUGUAGCUGGAUUCAAGAGAAAAGAGAAAACAUUGAGGGUGUAAAGUUUAAAAUCCCUGUUUGUCAGAACACAAGUCUCAGACUGUGUGCUCCCAACAAGUCCAAAGUCCUUCCUCUGAUAAUGCCUGUUUUGACUUGUGAAAAGGAAGGUUUAUUAUCCUACAGCGUGAGCUCAGUAAAAAACAUCUUUAUUGAGACUGUUAAACAGAAACAGCAUUGAGAGUUUGCUUAUCUUACAUAUCCUUUUUAAUUAAA